AUGGGUUUAAAAUCUGACGAUGACAAGCGGCCGAGCAAGUUGGCGAUCAUGGAUGGUAUGGAUGAAGGAUCGGACGUGCCAAGCGGUCUUGGCACGCGGCACUGGGUGACGUUCAUGCUGUUCCUUGGCAUGGCCAACGCGUACAUCAUGAGGACGAACAUGUCUGUCGCGAUAGUGGCCAUGGUCAAUCACACGGCGUUGCCCGUCAACCACGAAGCAAUGGACACCGAGUGUGGUGAAGUCAACGGUAACACAACUAAGGAGGUCUUACAGCAAGAUGGCGAGUUCGUGUGGAGUUCAACUCUUCAGGGUUACAUUCUUUCGUCUUUUUUCUAUGGUUAUGUCAUCACGCAGAUUCCCUUCGGUAUUCUUUCUAAAAGGUUUGGAGCUCGUCUGUUCUUGGGGGUAGGAAUGUUGAUCAACUCAGUGUUCGGCUUAUUGGUUCCCGUCGCGGCACAGGCUGGUUACCCAUGGCUUAUCCUCGUGCGAUUCAUUCAGGGUUUGGGCGAGGGACCGAUUGUACCGUGCUCCCACGCGAUGUUGGCAAAAUGGAUUCCUCCAAACGAAAGAAGUCGUAUGGGAGCCGCUGUAUAUGCCGGCGCACAAUUCGGUACAGUAAUAUCCAUGCCCCUAUCUGGUCUUCUAUCCGCCUACGGCUUCUCCGGCGGCUGGCCAUCCAUUUUCUACGUGUUCGGUCUGAUUGGCACAGUCUGGUGUAUCGCAUUCUUACUCUUUGUAUCCGAGGACCCAGAACAGUGUCCCAGGAUUAAGGAGGCUGAAAAGAAAUACAUCCUUAACUCGCUCUGGGGUGCGGCUGGAUCCAGUUCACCACCGAUCCCAUGGAAGAAGAUCCUAAUGUCUAUGCCGUUCUGGGCCAUCAUGUUGGCACACAUGGGACAAAACUACGGUUACGAGACCUUGAUGACAGAGCUACCAACAUUCAUGAGACAAGUUUUGCAUUUCUCUAUUAAAGAUAACGGUUUCGUCUCUGCCCUUCCCUACUUGUGCAUGUGGCUUUUCUCGAUGUUCAUAUCGGUGGUAGCUGAUUGGAUGUUAUCGAGUGGCCGAUUCAACCACACGCAAGUCAGAAAGAUUAUCAACAGUAUUGGUGAAUACGGCCCUGCGAUUGGUCUGUUCAUUGCUGCCAACACGGGAUGCAACCCAUCAGCCACAGUUGCAAUUCUCGCCAUCGGCGUGGGUCUCAACGGUGGUAUAUACUCUGGUUUUAAGGUUAACCACUUAGAUAUCUCUCCACGUUUUGCUGGUAUUUUAAUGGCAUUUACCAACUGCUUAGCCAAUUUGACAGGCUUGCUCGCACCAAUAGUUGCAGGAUACAUCAUUGAAGGAAACCCAUCUCAAGCACAAUGGAGAAUAGUCUUCUACAUCGCGGGCGGAGUAUACAUAUUCUGUGCGACGUUCUACAACAUAUUCAGCUCGGGACGGCGGCAGGACUGGGACAACCCAGCUGACGAUGUUGCCAACGCGCAAAAAGCAGCAGACAAGAAAGCGAGGAAGUUAGAAAGGAAAAACGCUAGUAACGAAAACACAGCGGAGACCGCGCAGUAG